AUGGAGGGGAUAAUUAUGGCUGCCUAUAUACUGAUAGUACUGGGAGUCCUGCAGCAGACUGCUCGGUCCCAAACCGGCGUUGAGCGGUCCGACCACUGGUGCGGCCAUUAUUCAGACGGAUCGUGGGCUUUUUGCGACCCGGGACGCUGCUGUAGUGUUUAUAAAGCCUGCGGCAGCACCGCCGAGUACUGCAGCAAUUUUACUUGCUGGUUCAGCUGUGUCGCUCCUACUCCUCCUCCUUUUCUUGGUCAUCAACCACCGAAAGGACCUGGAGGACUGGUAGUACAAACUCUCCUCCAUGUCGUUAAUGCGACUCAUAUUAAUAACCACUCUUUGAACUUUGAUGAUGGUACUGGUGAUGAUCAGCUCGUCAAUAUAGCGCCCGCCGCCAAUGCUUCUUCUUCGUCCUUGGCGUCGUCGCCGUUAUCAUGUGCGGCUUCUCUCUCCCGGCUGCCUCUGGCUUCUCGUCACAAGUAUCCUUUCGCUGCUCUACGUGCCCCGCGGUCUCAGAACAAUGUUACUCGUUGCGGAAGCUGCUUGAAGGUAACAAAUGUUGGUGUUAGAGGACUUCCUAAUCACGUGAAGGUUCGUAUUGUUCACGAGCAUAACAAUGACGAAGGACUUGAAUUGGAUCUCGAUGCUUUCAAUAAACUCGAUACAGAUGGCAAUGGAAUUACUAAAGGUUAUCUUUUGGUGAUGUAUGAGUUUGAGAACUGUUGA